AUGCUCUACGAUGACAGUCUACCCGAAGAUCUCGACACAGCAUGUUCUACGGCCCUCAUGGCUGACAUCGCUUGCGAUCGUCUGGUGCCGGCCCUCCGCCAUGACUUCUACUACCCUCCUGCCACAUUAACUCGCAUGUGCACUGCUGGCUGCGCCUCCGCACUCCAGUCGUGGGAGAGCUCGGUCCGGUCUGCCUGUGGCAAAGACAUCGUCAUUCCUGGCGAGGGUGACGUCGAAACAUCGCCUAUUAUGAUCCCAGCCAGCCGCCGGUACAUCUACAGUUUCACUUGUCUCCAGGAGAACAGUGUCUACUGCGGUCCCGUUGCGGCAUUGGCAUCUUUCUUCACCAAUCCUGGAGUUUCCGCCUUCAACUAUAUCAAUGAACUUCCCGAUGGCGCCGUCAAGCCUGCUGAUUGCGACCCAUGUCUUGCAGCCAGACUGCGCCUGCGUUCUGGGUCGCCCUACUUCGACGACCCCGUCGUGGCCAGCGAAUCCAUCUACCAAACGCUGACAUCCAGCUGUGGCAUCACGGGUAAGCCUGCUACCACAUCUACCAUCGACUAUUUCACCAGCCAGCCAGAGGCCACCGAAUCGGUCUGCGAUGGCACCAUGUACCAAAUCCAGGGCGGGGAUGAUUGCUACAGUAUCUCCGAGGCACAGAGUGUCGGCACAGCUUGGAUGCUAUCCGACAACCACCUCAGUGCCUACUGUUAUGAGUUCCCAACUUCAGGCAGCCUCUGCAUCACCAACACGUGCAAAACUGUCACAGUGGCAGUCAACACGACGUGCAACGCCAUCGCUACGGCUGCGGAAAUCACAGAGCCACAGCUGCUGGCCUGGAAUCCUGUCAUCAAUCCAGUCUGCUCCAACCUCGACAUGAUGAACGGCACCACGCUUUGCAUCGAACCGCCCGGGCCCAAGCUGCCACCUGCCCAGACGACGAAUGUUCCUCCAGUGACACCUACCAGUGCUGCUUCAGUCCCCGCCAAUACUGCCAUUGGAUCUAAUAAGCCAUGCGGCCGCUGGUACGAGGUUGAGGCUGGUGACUACUGCAAUCUGGUGACGCUCAAGUUUGCUAUUUCUCUCGACGACUUCAUGUUCCUCAACACAGGCAUCAACACCAACUGCACCAACCUCUUUGCCCAGGAGAGCUACUGCAUUCAAGCGGUCGGUGACAUCAACAGUUAUCCCGGCCGUCCUGGACACGCCACCAUCACGAUUGACCCAAAUGAGUCCUUCACAGGCGUCCCCUUCACCAUGCUGCCCAAUGCCACCAUAACCCUGGAUCCGAGACCGACCAAGCUUCCGCUAGCUACCGGUGUCCGCGACGAUUGUACCUUCUACUUUAAGGGCGAUGAGUACCAGUACUCGCCUGAUGUAUUUGGCUAUUGGAACAGCAACUGCGAGAUUGCAGCGUCCGCGUACAACGUCGACUACGACAGCUUCAUGGCUUGGAAUUCGCUCACGGUUAACGUGACGGACCCGGCGUGCGUGUUCCAGACUGGCCUAAGGUACUGCGGCUCCUGGGCAACCACGGCGUCCGCGACAACAAAGCCCACCGCACCAGCCCCAACACACACCGGCCAACCCGCCGACUGCAACAAGUGGGACGUCGUGACAGACGGCGAUAGCUGCGGCUCACUCGCGAGCGACAACGGUAUCACCGUCGACCAAUUCUACGCCUGGAACCCUGCUGUAUCCAAGGACUGCAUCACCAAUUUCUGGCUGGGACAGGCCUACUGCGUCGGCCGGUCCAGCGUCGGGAGUUCGCCUCCCGUCUCGUCUACAAAACCAACGACGUCGUCGAGUCCCGCGACCACGAAACCCACCCCGCCAGCGCCCACACACACUGGACAGCCCGCUAAUUGCAAUAAAUGGGACGUUGUGCAGACGGGCGAUGGGUGCUGGUCCAUGGCGAACGAUAAUGGAAUCACGCUCGAACAGUUUUAUGCCUGGAAUCCUGCUGUCUCGAAUGAGUGUGUGACAAAUUUCUGGCUGGGGCAGGCGUACUGUGUUGGCGUUUCUGGUUGAAACCGAACGCUUGAGUCUGUAGUUUGUGGCGGUUGUCGGUUGAAGAGAGGAGGGGGAUGUAAGCUGG